AGACCUGAGGAUUAUACUCCACACUACUAUAUUCAAUCUCUCCUUUAUCUCACUCUCCUCUCUUUCUCGCUCUCUCUCUCUCAUCCUCUCCUCUUCUCUCUCUCUUUCUCGGUCUCGCUCUCGCUCUCGUCCUCUCCUCUUCUCUCUCUCUCUCUUUCUCUCAUUCUCUCUCGCUCUCUCUCUCUCUCUCUUUCUCGAUCUCGCUCUCUCUCUCGUCCUCUCCUCUUCUCUCUCUCUCUCUCUUUCUCGGUCUCGCUCUCGCUCUCGUCCUCUCUGUCUCUCUCACUCUCUCUCUCUCUCUCUCUCUCUCUCUCUCUCUCUGUAUGUGACUCUCUCAGUACUAGGGUCUAUAGGUUGCUACUGUUAGAAGACACUGUGGAAGCGGUAGGGGGAGUAGCCGGGACUUUGGCAUCGCUGCCUUCAUAAGGACUGGAGCUCGUUGUCUAGUGGAUCGCAACCUGGACUGGACAGCUCUGGGACUUUGGCAUCGCUGCCUUCAUAAGGACUGGAGCUCGUUGUCUAGUGGAUCGCAACCUGGACUGGACUCAGCUCUGGGACUUUGGCAUCGAUGCCUUCAUAAGGACUGGAGCUCGUUGUCUAGUGGAUCGCAACCUGGACUGGACUCAGCUCUGGGACUUUGGCAUCGCUGCCUUCAUAAGGACUGGAGCUCGUUGUCUAGUGGAUCGCAACCUGGACUGGACUCAGCUCUGGGACGUGGUUGAGGGACUGUCGGGUCGUGGUUGAGGGACUGUCGGGUCGUGGUUGAGGGACUGUCGAGUCGUGGUUGAGGGACUGUCGGGUCGUGGUUGAGGGACUGUCGGGUCGUGGUUGAGGAACCGUUGGGACGUGGUUGAGGGACUGUCGGGUCGUGGUUGAGGGACUGUCGGGUCGUGGUUGAGGGACUGUCGGGUCGUGGUUGAGGGACUGUCGGGUCGUGGUUGAGGGACUGUCGGGUCGUGGUUGAGGGACUGUUGGGACUUUAGCAAGUCUUCCAGGAAGAUUUGUAGACUCUUUUGGAGCAGAGAGCUAAGGAUACGGUCCUGUCCUCAACUUGUCUCUCUGUGGGUCCAUGAGUGGAUAGCAGGUCUGUGUGAUUUGGUGUGUGUGUGUGAACGUUCCUGUGUGUGUGUGAGUGAGUGUGUGACUUGGUGUGUGUGUGAGUGUGUGUGUGACUUGUUGUGUGAGAGUUGUUGUGUGACUUGGUGUGUGUGACUUGGUGUGUGUGAGUUUUCCUGAGUGUGUGUGUGUGUGUGUGUGUGUGUGUGUGUGUGCAUGUGAGUUAGUGAGUGUGUGUGUGUGUGAUUUAGUGUGUGUGAGUGAGUGUGUGACUUGAUGUGUGUAAGUGUGUGUGUGAUUUGGUGUGUGUGAGCUUUCCUGAGUGUGUGUGUGUGAGUGUGUGAUUUGGUGUGUGUGAGCUUUCCUGAGUGUGUGUGUGUGUGAGUGAGUGUGUGACUUGGUGUGUGUAAGUGUGUGUGUGAUUUGGUGUGUGUGAGCUUUCCUGAGUGUGUGUGUGUGAGUGUGUGACUUGGUGUGUGUGAGCUUUCCUGAGUGUGUGUGUGUGCGUGUGUAUGUGUGUGUGUGUGUGCCUGUGGGUGAGUGAGUGAGUGAGUGUGUGACUUGGUGUGUGUGAGCGUUCCUGUGUGUGUGUGUGUGCGUGCGUGCGUGCGUGCGCGUGUGCGUGCGUGUGUGUGUAUGUGUGUGUGCUAGCUCUGCCAGGAUGAGUGUCCCCAUGCUAAAGAUCGGAGCGGUGCUGAGCACCAUGGCCAUGGUCACUAACUGGAUGUCCCAGACACUGCCCUCUCUAGUGGGGCUCAACGCCACCAGUCCUGACGGGAACCACCAGAGGAUCAUCAGCGCGUUGUAUCCGGGUCCAGAUGAAGGCUGGCAGGUGUACAGCUCGGCAUCGGACCCUGAUGGGAAGUGUGUGUGUACAGUGGUUGCUCCCGCUCAGAACCUCUGCAAACGAGACCCCCGCAGCCGUCAGCUACGCCUACUCACAGAACAGGUGCAGAACGUGAGUCAGUCUAUGGAGGUGAUGGAUCUGAGUACGUCUAGAGACCUGCAGUACGUCAGGGAUACUGAACCACUACUGAGAGGAGUAGACGGACACAUACACACCUACACCACCAACCCACGCAGACUCACUAAGAAGGGCCUGCAGGAGUUGAAGGGUCAGAUGUCUCAGCUGCGCCCCCUGUUGUCGGUGAUUGACCAGUACAGGUUAGACCUCCAGACCCUGGCCGUGCUCCGAGCGGAGGUCCUUAACCUGUCGAUCAUCCUGACAGCCAUUCAGGAGGAGGUGGGGGCCUACGACUAUGAAGAACUACAACAGAGAGUGCUACUGCUGGAGACGAGGCUGCACGCCUGUAUGAACAAACUGGGCUGUGGGCGGUUAACAGGGGUGAGCAUCCCUAUCACUGUUAGAGCGUCGGGCUCCCGCUUCGGAUGCUGGAUGACCGACGCCAUGAUACCCAGCUCCGACAGCAGGGUGUGGUCUAUGGAUGGUUACUAUAAGGGGAGGCGUGUAUUAGAGUACAGGACCAUGGGAGACUUCACUAGAGGACAGAAUUUUGUUCAGCACCUCUUACCUCACCCCUGGGCCGGGACAGGUCAUGUGGUCUACAACGGAUCACUGUACUACAACAAACACCAGAGCAACAUACUGGUGCAGUACCACUUCCGAUCCCGUAACGUGGUGCUCCAGAGGAGUCUGAGUGGAGCAGGUUACAACAACACCUUCCCCUACAGCUGGGGGGGGUCUUCUGACAUAGACCUGAUGGCUGAUGAGACUGGCUUCUGGGCAGUCUACACCUCCAUACCUAACGCUGGGAACAUACUGGUCAGUCGGUUGGAUCCUCGUUCUCUCGACAUUCUCCAGAGUUGGGACACAGGGUUUCCUAAACGCAGUGCAGGGGAGACCUUCAUGAUCUGUGGUACCCUGUACGUCACCAACUCCCAUCUGGCCGGAGCUAAGGUCCACUUUGCUUACCACACCAACUCCUCCAGCUAUGAGUACACAGACAUCCCCUUCCACAACCAGUACUCUCACAUCUCCAUGAUGGACUACAACCCCAGAGAAAGGGCCCUCUACACAUGGAACAAUGGACAUCAGGUCAUCUAUAAUGUGACCCUGUUUCAUGUUAUACAGAGCGAUGGAUAGAGGAGGAGAGGAGGGGAGGAGGGAAAGGAGAGAGACUGA